CCUGGAGACAGACACUCCCCAGAAUCCUUAGCGAACUGAGUCCCUCUGGGAGUGGCAGUUGUGCGCAGGUGCAGGAAUAUUCGGACAGGCAGCGGAAGAUGGCGGUGGACUGGCUUGGCUUUGGUUAUGCGGCUUUGGUGGCUUCAGGAGGCGUGAUCGGUUAUAUUAAAGCGGUUGCUUCAGGAGCACUGACUGGAAUAAUGGGAAUGAGAUUCUACAAUUCAGGAAAAUUCAUGCCGGCAGGGUUAGUCGCUGGAGCAAGGUUAUUGCGAGAGGCAAGAUUGGAGAUUACUGGAGCCUUGACCCAGAUCUUUGUAUACUCACUAGCGACUGGAGAGGUCCCAAAGGACUGCCUUCUGAUGCUUGGAAGACUUGGUCUAAAAAUGUUUGAGAAACCCCACAAAUCAUGAACCAGUUUCUUUUCAGAAAGAAAAUUUUGUAUACAUGCCUUUUGAAUCAUUGGUUUAAUUUUUAUCAUUUGAACUUAGAAUGAAUCUUGAACUGAAUCUGAAUAGAAUUAAAUUCAAUAAAUCUCUUGAUUCAAAGAUU